AUGAGAAGUUUAAUAAUAAAGAACAACAUAUAUGAGGAUUUUUAAAAGAAUAUAAUAAAAAGUAAUGUAGAGAAGUAAAUUAAGAAAAUGGAUAGAUAAUUAAUAUUAGAAUGA